GGAGAUUCUCUCUGUGACCGUUGCAGAGACCGUCACCGCGCGAGCGCGCCCGGGGAGCCGUUUGAGAACUGGACUGGGGCCGCGCCAGGCGCCGGGCAGAGGCCGCCUGUGACUGCAGCCUCGCUCGGAGCGGCGGCGGCGCCAUGCGGCUCUGGCUGCUGGCCGUGCUGGGGCUGGGAGUGCUGGCGGGUGUGUGCGGCGCACAGCGCGGGAGGGCCAGGCCGGUCCUGCCCAACAUCACCAACAAGACCUUCAUCGACGCGUGCGUCCGGGAGCACAACAAGCACCGCACCGCCGUCCGGCCCGCUGCCGCCAACAUGCUCUACAUGACUUGGGAUGCAGCUUUAGCACGGACUGCGAGGGCAUGGGCAAAAAAAUGCCUUUUUAAACAUAGUCCAUAUUUAAUGGAAAAAUAUAUGUCCCAUCCUCAUUAUGGGCAUGUUGGAGAAAAUAUCUGGACUGGACCUUACGGGUUAUUUAGUGUCACUGAAGCCAUCAAAUUAUGGACCGACGAAGUCCAGCACUACAAUCUUCAGACUAACAAGUGUACUAAAACAUGUGGUCAUUAUACUCAGGUUGUUUGGGAUAAUUCUCAUAAGGUGGGCUGUGCUGUUGUUUUUUGUCGUAUAACUGCCGGAAUAAGAAAUGCGGCACAUUUUAUAUGCAACUAUGUACCAAGUGGCAAUUACCCAAGAAAACCUUAUAAAGCAGGAUCGUCAUGUAGUCUGUGCUCAAAAGAGGACACCUGUGUGGACAACCUAUGUAGAAAUCCAAAACGUGAUAAAAUUAUACGUUACACAAGAUGGUAUCCACCCUGGGAGAAUAGGAUCGUAUGUGACGAGUCCUGUAUUGCUGUUGUGGUUUUAAGACCAGCACUGAUGUUAUUGGCUUCUCUAGUUGUUUUUCUUAUGCAGAAGCAUUAUUCAAAUAUGAGUAUAUCUAAAUAAUCUAUUUGAAAUAUAUAUUUCAUGAAAAGUUAUGACAAGUCCUUAAGAGAAUUCUCUUGAUUGAUGUUUUUACAGUGAAUUUGAUCAUUUAAAAAACAUAUCAUAAAGGGCUGUGGAUGUUUAAUGGGUUAUAAAGAGUAAAUUAUUUUUGCUCUAAGCCCUUACAUAUCUUAUUUAUAAGUGAAAAUAAUAAAAAAGGCAAAAUUUUAAGUUAAAGGUGACAGUCUGGCAAGAAUCAUCAGAGAGAUAUCUAGUAAAUGGCUUUUCCAUGAUGAAAUUUUAACAAAUAAAGGGGAACACCUAGCAUCUAGAAUUCAACAAGUAAAUUAAAACAGUGUUUCCACUUGAUAAUAUUUGUAGUUUCCACUCUAUAAAUAUUUGAAGUGGUGACUAAUUAAUUUAGAUGUCUGUCUAUAGAAUCAUACUGUUAUGGACCCAAUCCUACUUUUCUGGAGUCAAGUCAAAACUCCAAAUAAAAUGGGAACAGAAUCAGAUAUCACUUCUAUAAAAAGAAAGCAUUUUAUAAAUAUUCAGUAGUACUAAUAUAGCUCUAGAAAAAUGUAUAUAAAUUUGUAAAUGGCAGCUAUUCAUUAAGGUUUCAACUAUUAAAAAUAAUUAUCCUUCAAUUAAUUUGUUCCUGACUUGUUUUGAACUUAGGAAAAAAAUAUACAGUGAGAGUAAAAUGCUCCAGUUUAGACUUUUCUUGUAGUUUCUGGUUUGCUGUCACAACCACUGUUUUUUAAAUAUCGAGAUCUAAUCUAUUUUUUAAAUGUAAAACAAAUACUGAAUUUUAUCUGAGAACCAUUCCAAACCCUCUGAUAAAUAUACACCUCUACCCCGAUAUAACACGGUCCUCAGGAGCCAAAAAAUCUCACCACCUUAUAGGUGAGACUGAGUUAUAUUGGGUUCGGUCCGGUACGCUGUGCCGGACUGGACCGGCUUCCCUGGCGGUGAUUUAAAGGGCCUGGUGCUCCAGCUGCUGUGGGGAGCCCCGGGCCCUUUAAAUCACCGCUGGAGCUCUGGCAGCAGGGCUCGGGUGAGGAUUUGAAGGGCCUGGGGCUACCCGCAGCAGCCAGAGCCUCUGGCCCUUUAAAUCACCACCCGAGCCCAGCUGGCUCCGGCAGCCAGGCUUGGCCAGUGAUUUAAAGGGACCGGAGCGCCACACGAAUUCGGAUAUAACGCGGUAAAGCAGCGGGGCUCAGGCGGCGCUUUAAAAGGCCCAGGGCUCCCCACUGCUUUACCGCAUUAUGUCGGGGUAGAGGUGUAUGUUUACCUGUAUUUUAUCCAAGAGACUUUAAAGGCAUUAAAGGUAUCCUAUUUAGAUAUGUGUUAACUUGAAUUGCUGCAAAAGACCACAUGUAUUGACUCAGGGAUUUUAAAGAAUUUUUCUUUUGCUAUAUAGUAAGUUCUAGAGCCAAGAUUGGUCCAAUAUGUCUAAUAUUUACUGAGGGCUUGUCUAUACAAAUCACUUUUAGUUUGCCGUGAGCUGGGGUGUAAAAUCUACCCAGCAAUAGCCUGCUACACACUAAAUGUCCAUGAGGACCAUGCUGCCACACACUAGAAGUUCUGUAGUGUGCUUUAAUCUUCUCUGCUUUGAAAUAGGAGUAGAUUAAAGUGCACUACACAAUUUUUAGUCCACAGCAGCAAGCCCACACAGACACAGUGUGCAGCAGGUUAGCACAGGAUAGAUUUACACCCCGGCUCACUGCAAACUAAAGUGUUUGUGUAGACAAGCACUGAGAUUGCUUAAAGUAAUUCUAGUCUACAUGGUAAAUAUGUAACUUCUUACAAAAUGUGUAUUGUCUCAGGAAUCUAUUAGUUCAAAAGGUUUAUGGAUAGGGUUUGAAUUAUUUAUUUAUUUAUUUAUUUAAACACAAGGUCAAAUCCUGCCAUGUUUUCAUGCCCAGUGCUCAAGAUGAAGUUAAUGGGACCUUCACCCAUGUUCAUUUUAGGGAACAUUUGGCCCAUAAUACCUUUAUUAUUCCAUUGUAGUUCUAAAACAUUAUACUUGUCAUAUAAUACUAUAUUCAGAACUGUACUGAUUCAUCUUAUAGACUGUCCCAGAGUAAAAGUGAAUCUGUUCAUAAAAACUUAUUUUAAAACAGUUAUUGGACAUAAAUUCUUUUACGUUUCUAAACUUUUAGAACAUACCUAUUUCAAAGCUAAAGUUACCAAGAAGGUUGCUCAUUUUUUUAAACUUUGGCAAAAUUUUUCACAAAUGGAUGCCUAAAGUUGGGCAGGCAAAGCCAUAAUUAGGUACCUAAAUAAAAGUCACCCAAUAUUCAAAGUGGCUCAACAUUCGUAGCUCUCAAUGAGUUCAGUGAGCUUCAAAUGCUCACACCUUUGAAAAUGUGGCUUAAAGUCCUUAAUCCCUAACGUACAGAGGUUUAUAUUUGUAAUAAAGCUGUUUAAAGUUUUAAGCUUUCUGUUUAAUGUUAUUGUAUAACUUUAAGGCACUACCUUUCUUGCAAGCAACAACAAAAAUCUAGCAAUAUUCAAACAUUACUCAACAUAGGAUUUCCAAGUUGUGGAAGAUAAUACAAUUAUGGAAGAUAAUACAAUUAUACCUACUCAAACCACCAGGGGGAACUCCAUCAUCACUUAGUAGCUCCCCUUGUAACAAAAUUUGAGAAUCCACUUAUCUCAUAUGUCUCUCUGAAAACAAAAGAAACUAGUUUGAAAGCAAAGGAGGGAGGGAGGAGAUAUGUUGUCUUCCAAGUUGUGUGAACACCCUCAGCACAUAUUGGCCAGACUUCUGCCAGCAUGGUUUGAGGCUUGUAAACCUUAAACUCAAGGCACAGCUUAAGUGGGUUUGAGGUUUGCUAUGCAUUUCUUGGAGAGCUCUAGUUAUGAAGUCCUGAACAAAAACAUGUGAGUCAUACAACUGUUUAACCAGCAGAUAGUGGUGCUUACCUGAUUAGGAGACAAUUACUUUACCAUCAAUUCCUUUUUCAGUGGGUAAGUUUUUCUGUAUGCAUGAAGCUCCUUUUUCACAUCUCAGAUGCUGAGCCUAGCAUGUAAUUGUUCUUUAGCUGUUUUCAGCUAAAUUGUUUCUCUGUUAGUGAAGAUAAAGAGUGAGAUUGGAAGAUGCCUACAGGUUAAUCAAAAUGGGGAUUAGGAUAUGAUUGACAUGCUUUACACAAUGCAUGGUUGUCAGCUAACAAAGCUUUUUCUGAAGGGGAAACAUACCAUUUUGUGACAAUCAUUCCAUGUUCAAUUCAAAUCUCAUAUAGAAUGGGAAUGUAUACUCCAGAUGGAAUUGCACCUUUGUGAGCAUGAAAAAUUUGAAAUGGAUGGCCAGAGACACUCACCCUAAAAAGGCCUCCACAUCUUCUAAGCCCUGCACAUGCCAUCUCAAAAGAUGAGAGGAGAGAUUAACUGAGAGUCCUGAGUUUUUAUCCCAACUUUUCUGCUAUUUGUAUGUUUGUUAAUAUAGUGUUAGUAUCUAAAAUUGUAUAAGACAACAAAGGUUUUGUUUACUAUAGAUGACCACUUUAUUUCCAUGUUUGUUUGCUUCAAAUAAAUUCUUUUCACCUUCA